AUGCUAUUGGUGACUAAUUUUGGGGGCCCAGAAUCAGAGGGAGCUGAUUCCUCGUAUUCUAAGCAGGCCUCGGGGCGUGCACUUUUGUUAAAUGGUGUAGACACCGUGUUUUGGCGAUACAACUGGUCGGCUAUUGUCUCGAAGGGGGCGCAGCAGGAGGAGUGUAGUGACGGCGACGAGAGGGACAUAGAACCAGCGAAUUCAGCCUCAGCAAGGUGUCGCACCAACUGUGACAGCACGGAGAGUCCGGUUUUUACCAACUGUCUGUGUAAUACUGUUAUUGACGAAGAGACGGAUGUGCCUGAGAACCAGGCGACGAGAAUCGUCACGAGAGCACUCAUCGUGCGACCAUAUUGCGCGCAGGAAGCGAGGGCUUCUUGCCAGAGCUCCAGCCAUUCGCGCGUCGAACUGGCCGGCGGAUGCGUCGUCAAAGAGAUCCAUCUACCCGACGGAGUGGCGCUAUUGCGGUUCCUCUCCGAUGGUUUUGCGCAGAACUAUAGUGGAGAAAAAGUGCAGAUGUACGUAGGCAUGGGGAGUUUCCACCAAAGGGCAGUCUUGCAAUAA